AUGGCCAGUUGCACUACAGCAGUACCAGGGAUGCACGGCUACGUGCCAUUCGACCCUAAUACCUGCAACUCCAACUAUCAUUUCUACCCAAGCUUCACUGGCAAUCUUGCCUUUGCCACAGUCUUCGGAUUGAGCACCAUUGCCCACUUGAUCGAAGCAAUCGCGUUUAGAAAGAAAUUCUGCUGGGUGGUCAUUAUGGGAGGGGCAUGGGAGACAGGUGCAUUCAUUGCCCGAGCACUCGGCUCCCGUGACCAACAAGAGGAACAGUUUGCCUUUUGGGGGCAACUUCUCUUCAUUUUGGCACCACUCUGGGUGAAUGCCUUUGUGUAUAUGACAGUCGCGCGAAUGGUACAUUUCGGGCUUGCCGACAAGCAAAUAUGGAAUAUCAAGGCGACCAAGCUGACCGUCCUCUUCGUUUGGAUCGAUGUCGUCUGCUUUCUCGUCCAAGCAGGCGGGGGUGGCAUGCUGUCAAAUAAAGACGAACCGAACAUUGCCAGAAUCGGUACAAAGAAUACAUCAGGUGCCUCGCUGCAACAAUGGCCGAAUGAAGGGUUUAACAUUGGUGAUGUUGGCGGUAUUACUUCUCAUCGUGGUAGGUUUGAAGACUCAGAGAUUUUGAACGAACUCAUGGCACGACAAGUCACGGCUAACUUCAGAGUAUUACAGGUUCGAACCAUUUAUCGCUUGAUUGAAUUCGGACCGGGCCUCAAUGGAGACAACCCCUUACUAACGAAGGAAAUCUAUCCUUUCGCCCUCGAUGCAUUUCCGAUGAGCUUGGCGCUGAUAAUGCUCAAUGCCAUGCAUCCUGGCCUCGUUCUACGUGGGAAGGAUAGCGAAUUUCCCUCUCUCGGCCGAGCGGAAAGAACAGCUGUACGAAGGCAGAAAAAGAAGGAACGCCAACAAUCAAGGACUACUAACAGUACUCGUAAAAAAAAUAGUCUCUGGCGCUUGAUGUUUGUUCUGCUGCAUAGCCAUCGCAUGGAUAUCUACCCCGGCUUUAGAACUUCUGGUGACAAGGGUGAAACGGGAAACAAGGGCCACCCUGGAGGUUCGUCGUAA